GCCCGAGCCCGAGCGCAGCGGCAUCCGAGCGGGAACCAGAACGCUAGCGGGAGCGGAGCCAGAGCGGGAACCCGAGCUGGAGCCGAAGCUGGAGCCGGCAGUGCGGCGCACCGAGCGGAGCGAGGCAGCCAAGCCGAGUGAGCGGAGGGUCCUUCUCUGCGAGAAGUCAGAGCUCUGCACGUGGGCAGGCUGGCUCCACUAUUCUGCUCCAAGGAUUACAUGUCCUUCAAACGCCCCUGCCCCUUAGCUCGGUACAACCGCACCAGUUACUUCUACCCCACGUUCUCGGAGAGCUCGGAGCACAGCCACCUGCUCGUGUCCCCCGUGCUGGUGGCCAGCGCGGUCAUAGGCGUGGUCAUCAUCCUCUCCUGCAUCACCAUCAUCGUGGGCAGCAUCCGCAGGGACAGGCAAGCCCGGCUCCAGCGCCAGCGCCACCGCCACCGCCGCCACCACCAUCGCCGCCACCGCCGCCGCCGCCGGCACCAUCGAGAGUACGAGCAGGGCUACGUGUCCGACGGGCAUAUAUACGGCCGCCCGAGCCACAGGAUGCGCUACGCCUGCAGCCCCGCUGAGGACUGGCCUCCGCCCUUGGACCUUAGCUCUGAUGGGGACGUGGAUGCCACGGUGCUCCAAGAGCUGUACCCAGACUCUCCACCCGGUUACGAGGAGUGUGUGGGACCCGGCGCCACUCAGCUGUACAUCCCCACGGAUGCCCCGCCCCCCUACUCACUGACCGACUCCUGCCCUGAGCUGGAUGCGGGCAAUGGCCACAGCCCUGGCCGACACCAGCAGGCGCAGAGGUCGCAGGGCCAGAGUGGUCUCCGCACUGUCUCCAUGGACACCCUGCCCCCUUAUGAGGCUGUGUGUGGGAUCAGCCCUCCAUCAGGCCGGCUGCCACUGCCUGGACCGCAUCCAGGCCCGCAGAGUUCCCAGGGCUCGCCUGCCCCAACCCAGGCCCUGGCCUUGGGCCCAGAGCAGAUCAUGUGAGCGACCUGGUAGUCAGGUCCUGCCGGCCCCUCAGGGCUGAAUCACAUCUUUCAGGCACACAGGGGCGUGUAUACACACACACACACACACACACAGAUGCUCACAUGGCACCCCCACAUGCACACAUAUACACACAACUUGGACACACACUGACACACCCAUGUGCACACAUACAUCCAGACAUGUCCCUCAUGUGUGCAGGCGUGCACACACACACAGGCCUCCCCCCCCCCCCCCACCCAGAUACACAAUCCCACCUGCGAAGGUUUCAUUGCAGACGCAGCUCUCCUGACCUCCAGUCUCCUCCCCAGCCUGCCAGUGAUACCCCUGGAGCCAGUGCUUGGAGAAAGAAGGCAGAGAAGGGGCUGGGGUUCACUCUGCCCUCUGCCCAGGCUGUCUGCCCUGCCCUCACUGGAAAGCCUGGACCCCAACGCUGACUCUCGCCCCAAGAAGCUGCUCAGCCCCCCCAGGUCAGCUUCCUGCUCAAACUCACCCCCCACCCCCAGGAGGCAGCUGGUCCUCCAGGUUGGCGGGACAGGCCUCAGUGAGGCUCAGCUCCACGCUCUCUAUGUCCCCACCCAGGGCAGAAGAGCCACAACACCUGCCACUUAUAGGGUGAGGGACACGAGACUGGGGGCCCAGGCACAACCUGGAAACCCUUGCCUCACCCUGCCCCAUCCCUAGCCCAGCACCCUCCGUCUGGUGGUGCUAGCGGAGUUAUCUCCAAAGCCCCCACUCCAAGCCCCAAGUGAUGGACAGGGCCCUCAGCGGGCGUGCGGUGGUGGUAGUGGGGUGGUGGUAGUGGGUCAUGGCGGUGCCCAUGUCCAUUCAACCACUGCCUGGGACUGAGGGGCUUCAAAGAAGAUGGGGUGGGGCCUUCCUGGGGACAGGCGCUGAGGCAGAGGAGCAGCCCCUCACUAGGGGCAUGCCCUGCCGGCCAUUCAUGGCCUAAGCUCUAGUGGGCUGGAGACGGACCCCAGGAGCAGUGCUGGCCCUCUAGGUGGGGGCUCAGGGUUGGGAGUUGGGAGCCAGCACCUUCUGGUCUGCCCUCCAUGGUGCUGGCGCAAAUGAAAUCAAGGGGAUGUGGGCCCUACUGUGCCACCGCGAGACGACCAGUGGUUGCAUCUCAGCCUUGCUGCUGGGGCUACUGCAGAAAGGAGUACACGGGCCUCGUUGUAAACAGACUUAGACCUUGGCCCCUGAAUCCCAGCAAUUUCCAUCAGAGACUACGCAGGUAACAGAGCUGAUGCCUGCAGACCCAGCCUGCACGAGGGUGGCAGCCCAGCGCCUGUAAAGAGCGUCCCCGCCGGCAUCACUAGCGGCAGUCCUCCAACCCACCCCGCCUCCCUCCCCACCCGCUCCUUAAACUGCAGCACCCCCAACCAACCUCUCCCCUACAUUUCCAUUCCUCCAAUAAAGGGCUAAGACAAUUUAGUAAUCCCUUUCUUAAGAAGAGAGGUGGCGAGGAAGGCAAUCGUGAAUCUUAUUUUCUGUAGAAAUAGCAUUUCUUCUGGUGCAGAACUGAAAGGAAUCCACCCAGAGGUUCUGUAGCAUCCUGGCGCCCCUGACUCUGCCUGGGGAAGGGACCUUGUUUACACGCAGUUCUGUCCACCUUUGUGGUGUACUGUUUUCUAGGCAAAAAAAAUAAUCUCUUGUCUGUUGUACUGUAUAGCUUUUAAAAUGCACUCCAGGGCUGAGGUUCUUUUAAGAAACACAUCUUGCUUCUGCAACCCUAUAGAGUGCCGGAGUUGGGGGGGAGAUAAAAACCCCCACAUGCUCAUCAGUGUUGAAGGGAUGGAGCCAAGCAGCUUUUCUUGUCCCUGGAUUAAGCGCUAAAUAAGCAACAAUGUAUCUUUUCUGUGUUCAAAAUAAAUAUAUCAAUAAAAAAUGUUGUAAGAAGUAA